AUGGCAGACGCUACGGCUGACCCACGACGCAGCAGGAUCUCGUCUUCUGUCGCCAAACUGGCGGUGUCUCUCUCGCAAGUCGAGAGUCCGAAGCGGAAACUCGUGAACAUGGGCAUGAAGAUCUGCGACUUGGUUGUCGAGGCAAAACUGUUUUCCCAGAUUCUCGAGGCGGGGCCGCCGUUGCUGCUGGUCGGUGUCUUCACGACAAUCAUCGUCGCGAAUGCUCUGGCGUGCAUUUGUAUGGUGUAUUCCCCUUCCGAGAGGACGGGACUGGGUGAAAUACUUCUUGAUCUGUUUUUGACCACGACAAAUUGGCUAUCAACGUCGAAGUGUUCCCUCCCGGGUGGUUUGAGACGUCCGCCAGCGAAUCCAACGCUCGGAAAACCUUCGGUCGAGUCUGUACCCGAAGAAACACCGAGUUACUACUGCAUCGGUGGUUAUAUUAACGGCGGCACUGAUCGUCUUCGUCGAAGAAAGUGUCCGCACAUCGAACCUGGCGUGUGGGCCUCAUCCCGAAUGCGUUGUGAAGGCUCACAGGUGGACACUGGUAGAGGACGGAUCACUGACCCAGUGUCCGUGCCUGACGUUCAUCGAUGCGGAUAUCGCGCCCAAGACCUAUGCGGAGUGGAUGCAUCCGCGAGAUAUGACCGACAGAGUGGCGCAACUAGCGGCAACGGGAGAUCUAGAGACCAUUCAACUGAUCAAUCGUUAUCUUCCGAAUUUCCCUCAAGAACUAAGGCGGUGUACCAAGAUGACGCAUUUGUCUUUAAUCUACACGCACACCCCGGCGUUGCCAACAUGGACGAGCACGCGGAGGGCACAGCUUUUUCGUCGCUCGUAACGUUGCCAGACGGUAUGCUCGACCGAAUGAGCUCGCUCGCUUUUCUCCACCUGGGGAUCCACCCGCCUCUCCAGACGCUGCCGUCCUUUGACGGCCUCUCGAGUCUCGAAGUCGCUCGCUUUGGCUUUACUAUUCUCCCUCGCCGAGCUGCUGUCGUUCGACAAUUUGCAAAGUGUCGAGCGUGUGGUGAUCAUCAGCCUCGUCUCAAUCGACAGCCUCCCCGACCUCACAAACUUGAAGAAGCUACGAGUGUUCCAAGUCGGCGAUCGAGCGUCUUGGUGCUGCAACGGGUUUCUAGGCGAGUGCGACCUGCACAGUCCGCACUGUAUGGUUCAUUCGCUCUGGGGGACGCCUGCGGCCUCGUGUCUCGCUGCAAACCGAACCGACGAUCUCCCGACGCAAGGAACUCUUCAAGUGCUCGAACGAUUUUCAAUAAUAUUUGCGGAGAGCUCAUACUGCCAGGCACGACGGAUGGCCCACCGACCGAGACAGGCAUGGACCAAUGCAACGGCACAAUGUACCGCCAGUGCACUGUGCCAGGCUACCACGAGGCAAUGUGCUACAAUUCUCGGUUCAUGGCGAUUUCGUGCGGGCAAGCCCUUUUCCUAUCAAGAUGCGACGACUGCAGAUCGAGCGUGGGGUCGGCGAUCCUUGUGAUCCUGUGCAUGAAGCCUGGCUCGGUUGUAAGCCACGGGGCCACCGCAGCAAUCUUUACGACAAUCGUCGUUGCGAACGCGUUAUUCUCUUCGAGAAAUGCCGGACUGACCGAGACACUUGUCGACAUUUUCUUUGACUUUCUCAUCGCUGUCGGGUAUCCGAUGCUUGUGCUCAGCCACUGUCUCUCGACGUUCAAGUUCGACUACGAGAGACUGGCAAUCAACCUCCAAGUCUUCCCGAUCGGGGCGUUCGAGCAAUCUGCCAGCAUCAUAGCCAACCCCGUUCAAAUGGACAUUAUCCACCAGAGCCUGAGGCUGCUGCGUAUUGCAUCAGUGACGGAUAUCUUUACUCGCGUUGGCGUCAACCUCGUUUUCUGCUUUCGACUUUACGGCGUGGCAUAUCGACUCCAGCAUCCAAACAAUUAUUUCCCCGCCGUGUAUCCCAAGCGAUAUCGCACUGCUACUGGCAUUCUGGGCACUUUCGUGCUACCCUUCCCGGAAUGCGUGGUGAAGGCUCAUCGGUGGACGGUGCUGGAAAAUGGAUCGGUAACUCAAUGUCCGUGCUUAACGUUCAUCGACGGUGAUAUCGCUCCAAAAACUUACAACGAAUGGAUCAACCCGAAAAAUGCCACUGAGAAACUCGCCCAAUUAGCUGCAUCAGGUGACUUGCAAACGAUCCAGUUGACUAAUCGUCGCCUCCCGACUUUGCCUGAGGAGCUACGGCGAUGCACCAAGAUGACUCACUUGCACGUUGAAGGCACACCCUUUUCUUCGCUGGUAGCAUUACCAGACGGCCUCUUUGGCAAAAUGAGCUCGCUCACGUACAUCCACCUGGGAACGCACCCUGCUAUCCCGCAGCUCCCAUCGUUUACAGGUCUCACAAGCCUCAAGUCGCUCACACUUGCGUUUACGUUUUCCCUGGUGGAGUUGCUGUCAUUCGGGAGUUUGCACCACCUCGAGCACCUUGUCCUCAUCAGCCUCGUGACUAUCGACAGCCUCCCCGAUCUUACUCCACUCUCGGAACUCACGUCAUUUGUGGUGGCGGAUCGUGCUAAUUGCUGCUGCAAUGGCUUCCUCGGUGAUUGUAACCUUCAGAGCCCGCACUGUAAGAUGCAUCCACUCUGGGGGACGCCUGCAGCCUCGUGCAUUCUUGUGAAUGGAACAGACGACCAACCAACGCCAGGAACUCUGGAAAAUACUCACAGUAUUUGCGGCGGUCUCAUACUUCCCGGCACUGCAGAAGGCCCUCCUACUCCAGUUGGCAUGGAGCUAUGCAAUGGCACUUUGUAUCGACAGUGCGCGGUGCCAGGCUUUCGGGAGGCCAUGUGCUACAGCGCACGAUUCAUGGGCAUUUCGUGCUCGGUCAACCCGUUUCCGAUCGAGAUGCAACGCCGUCAGAUUCAACUUGGCAUUGGGGCCCCCUGUGAUCCUGUGUAUGAAGCGUGGCUUGGCUGCAAGCAUCGAUGA